CAAGUCUCCCCUUUCUAGACGCGCCCUCCAACUCAGAGAACAUCAUAUAAUGCCUGUCGAUCCUAGCUCCGUGGCCCUCGAGAAGGACCGCAUACAUAACGACAAACGGACCUCAGUGCGGUAUAAUUGCAAGCGGGCAGUCAAACGGGGUCUUCCGGUCAUCGACUUUGUGCGGACGGUAUGGAGAUUCACUCCCGACAUGCUCCCGGAGGGACAGCCAUACAGAUUGUGGCGUACGACGGUAAAUCGAUUCCUACAACAAGGCAGCGAGCGUGAAUCGUACACACACUUUGCAAGCAUCAUCACCGAUCUGCUUGCACAGCUGUAUCCGGAUGCAUCUGUGUAUGGCGCCUCCUCCCCAUUGCGCAAGCUCAACACUACGGUCAUCAACACCCGGGCCACAAGCAACCGGACGAUGAUUCGACAGGGCGGCUCGACGCCCGACCUUACAUGGUCACAAAGUACAUCGGUGACCCAGUGGAGGUUGAACUGGGAGUCGUGUCUGGCCUUUGUCGAGAUCAAGCGUCCCUCCGCCCACGGCACUCUCGUCACUGAUCUCGUCAUCGAUGUGAAAGACUUCCCCUAUAUUGCCGAUUGGGAACGUGCGGCUUCAGGUUCUGGCGUGGAAUCGGACGUGGACGCGGAGUACGAAGUGGACUCGGAAUAUGAUUCAGACCUCGAAGCAUGGAACGUCGACAUCAAGCGCAAGAGAUCGACAUCCAUACCAGACAUGUAUGGCCCCGUAACCAAGCGUGUCUGUCGCGAGGACUCCCUUACGUCUAUGACAUCCGCAGACCCACCAGAGUACGACACUGAGCCACUGAAUAAUCAAGAGAUGGAUGCCGCGCUCUACAUCAUGGAGAUGUUGGAACGCAACCUGCGCUCGUACGCUACAGGCUUCUCUGUCGACCGCACAAUGGUGACCCUCUGGUACGGCGACCGAAUGGGAUUGGUGGCCUCCGAGGCGUUCGACUUUCUGAUUGAGCCUCACUUGCUGUUGCUGGUUGUCGCUGCUAUGGGGGCUGCGGACGAAGAGCGCUUUGGUAUCUGUCCCUACCUCAAGGCUCCAACUUGCGGCGACUAUGACAACGCGGAAUUCGUGCUUCCCUCGUGGAAGGCACUCAACGCGUAUGGCGAGCCCAUCAACAAAACGAUGCAAAUUAAGUUAUGUCAUGGCGGCCGACUGAUGCGCGGCCUGAGCUAUGUUGUGGUAAGCGCGGCGACGAUGAUAUUCAAUCUACAGGCUACCACAGAGGAGGAAGAUGGCGAGGAGCUCGUCGCAAAAGUGUCUUGGCCACUCGAACGCUCGGCAACUGAGACAAGUUCCUUAAGAGCGGUGCUUACCGGGCUGAGGAAGAAGGCAACUCAAUACCUCAAGCAUGUAACUGAACUCAAGUGUUACAUCGAGGAAACCAUGGCGGAGCACCGCCUCCCGAGAGCUAACAUGCCAGGUCUGAAUACUGAGAAACCAAGGCUCUUCGUGCUCAUGGUCAUGAAGAAAUACGAACCGAUAUACCACGUGGCGAGUGUGACGGAAUUCAAAACGCUGUUUGCGGAUGUGGUGCGAGCGCACUAUUGGGUUGCAGAAACGUCCGACGUACUGCACGGCGACAUCAGCCUCAACAACAUCAUGUUCUACCGUGAAAACGGCCGAGUCAUUGGGGUCCUCAUGGACUGGGACCACUCCGUCCGGCGGAACCGCGAGGAGGAAGACAAGUUCGACCUCGAGCUGCCGUCCAGCGACGACCCGCUCACGAUGUGGGUGUAUCGCUUCAGUUUCCCGGGUCACUGGUACACCGCGCCCUACCUCGACGUCGCACGACAGAGCGCGCCGAGCGACGAGGUGCCGCCGUACCGCUACGAGCACGACCUCGAGGCGUUCUUCUGGGUGCUCAUGCACUUCCUGCAGCAGUUCGACCCGGCGCGGCGGACGAUGCUCCCGACGCAGUACUUCAACAUGAACAGCAACUACGACAUCGUGUCGUGGAAGCAGGACAUGCUGGAGGACCUCGACGGCGACGCGUUCCAGGAUGCGGCGGCGCGCGUGCACAGGGACUAUUUGCCCCUGUGGGACGACUGGGUGCCGGAGCUACUGGAGAUCGUCGCGACAGCGCACUCGUACAGGAUGGACACGAUGCAGGAGCGGACCCUCCGGUGUCAGCUCAAGACGGCGUCGGAGGCGGGCGAGCAGGCGAGAGUUGACAGACUCGUGCGGCGGCUGCGGGCGAAGGUUGAGCAGAGGAAGAGUGCGUUCAAUUACGAGACCUUCAUGGCUGCCAUCGACGCGCCUGAAGACAUUGACGAGUGAGCUUGUGCAGUUGGGAUGACGGAUUUAUGCUGUUAGUUAUAUGCGUCGCUUGUUGAACUCCUAUGCC